UGCGAAUGUGCCGGCCUAACAGAGAGAAGACACACACACAGACACAUAGAAUAAUAAAUCGCACUCGCGUUGAGUUGUUUGCGUUGUCGCCUGUCGGUACGGUAUAUUGAAAAAAAAGUGUGGUUUUUGAUAAGCCGGCUAAAAACAACAUUAUUAUUAGUUGCGAACUAGCAUGAUAAAAAGGUGAAGCUCACUAAUUAGGUCAGUAUUCGGGUCGAGAUGGCGCGAGCACUGUGGGCUCUGUUAAUUUUUCAAGUGUUUAUUCACGCCGAGGGUUUAUUUCACCGGUAUCCGAAAUUGAACCUCGGCGAGCGCGAUGACGGUGAUGCAGGCAAGCCUCUUUUCCUCACCCCGUAUGUCGAGAGCGGGAAAAUUGAAGAAGGCAGGCGUCUGGCUCGUGUGCCCUUCACGGAGAGUCUCCGCAUCAAGAGUUACGCCGGAUAUUUCACCGUGAACAAGCAAUACAACUCCAACCAAUUUUUCUGGUACUUCCCCGCAAUGGUGCCCAACAAUACGAACGCUCCCGUAGUAGUAUGGCUGCAGGGCGGACCAGGGGCUACUUCUUUGUAUGGCCUGUUCACGGAGAAUGGUCCCAUCAGAGUACGUCGCAAUAAGUUCGAGAGGAGGAAGUAUAACUGGGCGUUGAGUCACCAUAUGAUCUACAUCGACAAUCCUGUGGGCACUGGGUUCAGCUUCACAAAUGACAGCCGAGGGUACUGCACGGACGAGACACAGGUUGGUGAGCAGCUGUACUCCACUCUCAUACAGUUCUUCCAGCUGUUCCCAGAACUGCAGCAGAACAAGUUCUUUGUGACUGGUGAGUCUUAUGGAGGGAAGUAUGUUCCUGCCCUCGCAUACACUAUUCACAAAAAGAAUCCAUCAGCCAAGCUGAAAAUAAACAUGAAAGGAAUUGCUAUUGGCAAUGGACUGAGUGAUCCAGAACAUCAACUGGUGUAUGGAAAAUAUUUGUACCAAAUAGGCCUCAUAGACUCGAAUGGAGCAAAACUAUUUGAAGAGUAUGAAAAUAAAACUAAAAACUUCAUCAAACAGGGAAAAUGGGACGAUGCAUUUGCCACAUUUGAUACUCUGUUGAAUGGUGACAUGAUUGAUGGUAAGAGCAUAUUCACCAACCUCACCGGCUUCAACUUCUACUUCAACUUCUUGCAUACAAAGGACUACACUCAGUUUGAAGACUUUGGGCCAAUGUUGCAAAAGUCUGCAGUUAGGAAAAUGAUUCAUGUUGGAGACUUGCCUUUCCACAAUGGUACUGAGGUUGAAAAGCACCUGAAGCAAGAUGUUAUGAAGUCAGUAGCUCCGUGGAUAUCAGAGCUGUUAGACCACUACUAUGUAGUCAUUUACAACGGUCAGCUAGACAUUAUUGUGGCCUACCCUUUGACUGAAAACUACCUUAAAAACUUAAACUUCACUGGAGCUGAAGAUUAUAAGACUGCUAAAAGGUAUGUCUGGAAGGUGGAUGGAGAAGUUGCCGGCUAUGUGAAGCAAGCUGGUAAACUGGUGGAGAUCCUGGUGAGGAAUGCGGGACACAUGGUGCCCGGAGACCAGCCCAAGUGGGCACUAGACCUGAUCACUCACUUUACUCAUGAGAAAAUGUUUUAUAAACCUGAAAAGGCUGUGCACUUAGGAAUAAAUUGAUGAAUAAGGUUUAUUGUGGGUAUGCAUGGUGCAUGGGAAAUGUGCAAAGUAAUGUGAAAAUAUAAAAUAAACAUAUCCUCAAUGAUUUAGUUCCCACAAGUAAUUCAAUAUGUAUUUGCUCAAGUUACAUGCAUCAUGGUUUUAUAAACUAAUAAUUGUUACAUGGUGAAAGAUUUUUUUAUAUGUAUGUUAGUUAUGUAGAGCUAGAAAAGGUACCAGUUAAGCAUAUUGUAUUAGUUUCUAUGUACUUCAUUAGUUAAAAAUGAUUACUUUAUUUUGUCACAGAAUAUGUUAAAAUUGGCCUGUUAUCACAAAAACAAACUGUAUACAUAAAUAAAGUAGGUUUUUGCAGGUAGUUAUUUGCAUAUUAUGUAUUGUGUAAACAAUGAUUCAUGGCAUUAUCACCGUUAUUACUGAACACGAUUUACUAGGAAAACUACAAUAUUGUUACAUGUUUUUGUAUAAUAUAAAUAACAUCACGACAACGCGUAAAAUAAAGGAUAAGUAAGAGAAUAUGGCUCUCAGAAAUUGUAACAUUAUUGUAUCUAGACAACAUCGUCAUGAAAACGUAACUUGUUAAUUAUGAAGUAUUUGUUUCAGUGUUUUUUGCAUAAUAUAAUCAUGUGUAUCACCUAAGUUUUUUGAAAGAACUGGUAUACCUAUAAAUAUGUUAUUGCAGUUUUUAAAACUAAUAUAGGUGCUAUUAAGUUUGUUACCAUGUUUUUAAAAGGAAUAAAUAUUUUGUAAUGAGAA